AUUCUUAAGUUUGUUUUUAAAACACGAACUUUCAAAACCAAGAAGGAUGACCCAAAACCACAUGGGCCACAAAGCAUCCGAGCCCAAAACCACAUCCGAACUAGGAAGUAGCUACUGCUAGGAACCAAGUUACCAAGAUGAUGGGCAUGUAUUCAAAGUUGAACACCUGAUAAACAAAUUGAAGAUUUCAAUGGGUGGAACUGAAUUCAUACUACUACUACUACUUUUUUACAUGACUGUACCUUCUAUUUUUGCCACUGAUUUCAAAUACUGCAAUAAAAAGAAUGAGUAUGCCAUCAAGGUCAGUGGAGUCGUGAUCAGCCCUGUCCCGAUAGUAAGAAGCAAAGAGACCUCCUUCACUAUUUCUGCAUUAACUGAUGAACCGUUAUCUGGAGGGAAAGUUGUGGUCAAUGUUGCUUACUUCGGAUGGAGUGUCUUUAGUGAGACCGGUGACCUCUGUGCUACUUUAUCCUGUCCUAUUUCUGCUGGUGACUUUACAAUCUCUUAUUCCAAGCGAUUACCUACAUUAGCUCCGCCUGAGGUGAAUUGUUAUUUGAUGAAUACAGGGCUCAUACACUCUUACGUUGAAGAUACAAGAUGGUAACAAAAAUGAGCUCACAUGCAUCAAGUUUGAUUUCAGCAUCGGUCUUUUCAUAUCCAAGGAGGGACUGACUGACAGUUGACUAUUUAAAAGUCAUUUGUAUAGAUCAGUAUGUAUAUUGUGCUUGUGCUGUAUGUCGAUUCUGGUUAUAUAUAAAGUUAAAUGGUUUGAGCGUUA